AUGCUUUGCCGAAUGUGCAACAAGUUUGGAGACCAUGCGCGGAAGGAGCACGAAGGGCACAGCCUGAUGUCGACCGUGGAGGCUUUCCAACAGGCCAUGCAGGCGAGCACGGAGGCUGAUGCCGAGCACGGUAAACACAGCUUCGCUCUACAAGAGGUGAUGCAGGAGAGGCACUUUCAGCUGAUGGAGGUACAUUCGAACUUUGAGGAGACACAAGGCCAGAUGGAUGUCGUCCUUAGAGGCGCUCUCGACCAGCUCGAGCGGGCACAGUCUCGCAAGUUGGAGUUCCUGCAGUCGAUGAAGCGACAGGUGACGACGCAGCUCCUCUUCAUCCAAUGGUUGGACAACUUCCAAGCUCAUGCUCGAAUGGCCUUGCCUCCUGCAGACUUUGUUGUGGCCACGAAAAGGCACGAAGGUUUGCUGGCUGCGCUGUUUGGCUCUGAUGGAAACCCCCUUAAGGGCGCAGAGCUGGGGAUUGGCCCUGUCCCGCUGUGGGUGGAUGAAGAGCUGCUUUUGGAGGGGGCUGUGUCUGUCCAGCUGACGUCCCUUCCACCUCCCAUAGCUGAACCUGGUCCAAUGCCUCCGAAUGCAACGGUGCCUGCACUUGAAGAGGUGCCACCCGUUCCUCAGCUUGCAAAUGUCGGUGCAGCGAUUGGCAGGAGCAUAGACACCCUGGAGGGGUCUGGCUCUUCGUACCUGGAGGCUACCCCCAGGCGUCGCUCGAAUAAUCCCCCGCCAGCGGGCAUUGGAGGAAUUAGCGACACUCUGUACGUCAAAGCGGAGUCAGGCGAAGGUCGUACUGCUGGGGAUGUCGACAAAUUGACAUCCGAGCGGCAAGUUGAAGCUGGAGUUCUUGAUGCUUCGGCCGUGACUGCGGUCGAUCAGAUUCCAGGUGGCCAGAGCCGCGCAGAGUUUGAUGGUUACAUCUCGCAGGCCUUUGCCUACUUGGAAGAAGCACAGAAAAACUCCCGAGCAGCCCUGCCCGCCGUCGCCGUGGCCGUGCCUCCCCGUGUUCCCAGUCUGCAGCUUGCGACCGAGGUUCUCGUUCAAUUGCGCCAGAGCGCGGAAGCAUCGGGGGGCCCUGCUAAGCCAUGGGGAGUGCUGCUUGCCCUUCUCAGCUCAUGCCCAGGCGGCGAGCGACAAGAGCUGCUGUUGAGAGCGCUCCGAGUGGCAGCCCCGAUUGGCGACACGGCGGGGCAGCUCGCAAGGGCUGUUGUCGAGGAUGAUGUGCAACGGACUCAAGUUCCAUCGCUGCUGGUGUCGGCCAACGGUCUGCAUACGGCCUUGGUCCAGGCUCUCAUGAGGCUCAGUGGCAGUUCCUUCAUGGAGAAGGAGACAUCCAUGCUCGUGAAGGAGGUGGAGGCCAUGAAGCCUUCACCCACAUCCUCGGGGACGUCUUCCUCCAUGCAUGUGGCAGUGGAGAGCUUCCUGAAGAGCAUGAUCCACAGCCUGCGAGUUGGACAGGCUUUGGUUCAUCCAUCGCUUGCAUCUGUUUGCCAUCUGAUCUACGCUGCAGCCGAGGUGAAGUUCGGGAUUUUGGCGGCGCAAAAUGCUGUCGGGACACUGCUUGUAAGCAGAGUCAUUACACCCAGUCUUCUUCGGGUACAGCGACCUGUGGAUGCCGGCGGAGCCUCGGAGCGAGUAUCGGAGUUGUCACGCCUUCUUCAACGGAUUGCCCAUUUUGCCCAUCAUGAUGAUGAGGCGCGCGGGCAAACACUUCCAGACUUGAACCAGGAGCUACAGAAACAGACAAUCGCAGCUAGUCGGCAUUUGCCAGCCGAUCCCGACAUGGCAGCUGCUUUUCGUGGAAAUUGCACAAAGCCAGGUGCAGACUUGCUGUCGCUGGACUGCUGGCGUCCCGAGCGAAGUGCAUGCGACUGGGGACCCCCCAGGACGUGCAAGGCAGCAACAGCAACUCGCUCUCGCAGCACAACCAAUUGCGCGGUUGGGGGAGCCUCUCAAUGCUUGGGAUGCAAUGCCGCCCAGUACAGCUCCAUCAGUUCCAGGGGUUUCUGCCUUCUGACUGCCGGUGGCCUGUUGUGGUGCCCUUUACGUAUGGAAGUGCGUACCGGUGAGGCAUGGAAGGCACCUGAAAAGAAGGCCUUGGUGCGCUGGGGCCAGAGCUUGGAGGUUCUUGCAGUUCAGCUGAAACUUUUAGCAGCCGCGCUGCUUCGGCUCUUGCAGCACCCGGACCAGCAUGCUGCGGUUCAGGCCACGCUGCGUUCAUCUUUGCAUCAUUGUGCAUCGGUGAGCCGCCACGAGGUUCUUCCUGGCAUCCGUCUUUUCAUGAUCUGGAGUCGAGAACAUGGAUUAAAUGAAUUGCGACAAGCUGUCGGCCGAGAGAGAGGCCUCAACUUUGGCUCGAGCCCAGCAUCUGCCAAGCAAGAGGAAGUGGACCUGCUUUCGUCGGACCGUCAACGAGCACUAGUUCGCAGCCUGCAGGUGGCUUCUUCACUUGGUGUGCCGGAUGCCGCACAACUUGCCAGCCAGAUUGCGGCUCAUUUUUGUUCCUGUGAGCGACUUCAUCACCAAGCAAAACUUUCGGUAGCAGUUCAAACGGCCCCUGGCCGUUGUGGCGGCUCGAGUCCACAAUUGCCGCAAUCCUUCAACGGCUUCAACUUCAAGUCCCACGGAGAGCCUGCGGCUCUGCAUUGCCAGCGACAACAGCCUGCCUUGCGUGCGUUUGAGCACCGUGGCAAGAAGGCCCCAUGGCAAUCCCAUGCGAGGCCACAGUCAUGCCCAAGGAGGUCAUCAAAUGCUCGCAGUUCUGUGUAG